UUAAAAAAAAAUCUCACGUCCGUUGCACGUGCUCAUCUCCUCUCUCUCCCCUCUCUAAAACCCUAGCGAAGGACACCAAAAAUUAAGCAAAAAAGGAGGGAAAAAGAGGGAAAAAAAAGCGAAAAUUGCCACAUCUUCGUCCCCAUGAUCGGAUUGAGCUCGCUAUCACCUCGCUCUCCCUCCUCCUUCCUCGGAGCCUCUCAUGAGGAGCAUUUCCUCGUUGGGCGACCCCUCAAGAGCUCGCUCUCCACUAGCGAAGGGAAAGCAAUCGUACAAAAGCGAUGUGUCAUUUUAUCAAGUAAACUAUCGGCAUUGGAAGAAGCCAUGCGUGUACGGAGGUUACGGGAGCUUCAAAAUUCAGUUAAAAUAAGGAAGAGGCCACCUUUGAGGCGUGGAAAGGUUUCUGGACCACUUGUUGUGCCAGAACACAUUCCAAGGCCGUCAUAUGUGGGUUCAAACGAGAUGCCAGAACUCUUUGGAGAGCAUCAGAUACAUGAUGCUGAAGGAAUUGCUGGCAUGAGAGCUGCCUGUGAGCUUGCUGCUCGCGUUUUGGACUUUGCAGGAACAUUAGUUAGGCCAUCCAUCACAACAAAUGAAAUUGAUAAAGCAGUGCACAAUAUGAUCACUGAGGCCGGUGCUUAUCCUUCUCCUCUUGGAUAUGGCGGAUUUCCAAAAAGUGUAUGUACAUCAGUUAAUGAGUGUGUUUGUCAUGGAGUACCUGAUUCUCGCCAGCUGCAGAAUGGAGACAUAGUAAAUAUUGAUGUGACUGUUUUCUUGAAUGGCUAUCAUGGGGACACUUCAAAGACUUUUCUCUGUGGCGAUGUCAACGAACCAGUAAAACGGCUUGUGAAGGUAACUGAAGAAUGCUUGGAAAGGGCCAUCUCUGUCUGCAAGGAUGGAGCUACCUUUAAAAAGAUUGGGAAGAGAAUUAGUGAGCAUGCUGAAAAAUUUGGCUAUGGAGUGGUGGAACGUUUUGUCGGGCAUGGUAUUGGGACUGUUUUUCACUCUGAGCCUCUUAUAUUACAUCACCGUAAUGAUAAAUCUGGCCGAAUGGUUGAAGGCCAAACAUUUACCAUCGAACCUAUUCUUACGAUGGGGAGCAUUGAAUGUGUGACAUGGGAGGAUGGCUGGACAACUGUGACAGCUGAUGGGGGUAGAGCUGCACAAUUUGAGCAUACCAUACUUAUCACAAGGACUGGCGCAGAAAUUUUGACAAAGUUUUGAGAUAUACCUACAGUUAAAUGCAACAAAGGAAUAUCUUCAAUUUUAUGAAUUUUGAGAAUUGGAAUUCAUCCAAAACCCAUGGAGCGAGGCAACAACUACAUGUAUCUUGUUGUUUUGAUGGAAAUUUACUUAUUAGCUAUCUCUCUUCCCUCUUCGCGGAAAGUUUAAGGUUAAGAUGUUCUGCUGGAGGAAGUUAGAAAUUUUCAGCGAUUAUCUAGAAAAGAAACGUGGAGGCAUCCACAUUUUGUUUAUAUCAUUGCAUGCAUCUUCUCUGGAUGGGUAGUAGAUUGUGGAAAACUGUGUUCUUAUUGAUGAAUGAUGAUCAACUUAAACUCUCUUUAAUCCCAAAACUUUGAAUGUAAAGGUAUAUUCGACAAACAUUAGCUGUCUCAUUUUGACAAACAUUAGCUCCUCUUUUCAUCUUUAUUUCCACAAAUGCUUUCCCUUUCUAUAUUAUAUUUGAAUGUAAAGGUAUAUUCGACUCAACGCUAUCGUCUUUCUCAUGUACCAUAUUUUGUGUUUGUAUUCUAGAAUACUGCUUGUGGCUUAAA